GCGCUGCCCGUUGGCCGCAUUCCAAGGGUCGAAAGCCAGAGCUGCCAGGAUCGUGCCAGGAUAUCGACGCGCCCCAUCGCAAUCCGAUCCUCCCCCCACCAUCGCCUAUUGAUACUCCAUCUUCUAAUACAAUAAUAGUCAAAUUAUGACUUUAGUCAAUUAACUGAUCACGCAGGCCGGGCUGCUGUUUGAAUGUGCCUUUUCGUUUGCUGCCUGCCAUGGCUGCAAUUGUUCAGAAGCCUCCGUCCUCGGACUUGGCUGAUAGUCCAGACAAUAUCCUUCCUGAAUUAAGAGAAGCCGACUACUUAAAUCAGGUCCUGCAGCUUUCGCCCGAGAAGACCGAGGUCUAUCUUAACGAACUGAUCAUGAAGGCUAAAACUUUUGGUAUUACUAUUUGUUCGCCGUCGAGUUCUAUCUCAAUAAACAACAGGCGAAAUCCGUCUCUCGCCAAAUCGAGCAUCACCACAGAUACAAACCAUGCCCGUACUGCGUCUACGGGAUCAGAGGGUUCUGCGAGUACGACUCUUACAUCACAUUCCUCCAUUACUGGGUAUCCCGAGGCCACGGGACGGGAUAUCACAAGGAAGCGACCAAGGGCUCUCACGUUUGCUCAGUAUGAUAAUUACCUCGUCCAAGCUGAGCCGAAUCUCAACCAGCCUAAAUUCAUAUCGCCGUCGCCGACAGACACCGAAUCCACGCCAAGCAUUUUCAGCGUGAGCACCCACAAAAGCUACCUCAGCUUUAGGAGAGGGCUUUCUAAAUUACGCCGUAGCCGAAAGACUCCGUCUUCUCUCGGAAACCUUGUCAUGUCAUGCAGUGCGUGCCGAGAAGAUCUUCAAGUUGACUAUCCUCUACGCAGAUUGCCAUGCGGACACAGCUAUUGUUCAAGAUGUUUGAAGAUCAUGAUCAACCAGGCAACGACCGACGAGUCCAAGAUGCCACCGCGCUGCUGCACUCAACCAAUACCAAGUCCGAUAAUCAAAUCGAUAUUAUCACGCGAAGAACAGCAUAGGUUUCUCAAAGCGGUGGUGCAAUUUAGCACGCCCUGGCAGUCGAGGGUAUUCUGCUCCAACCCAGCCUGCGGCGAGUUUAUACCACCGCAGACCAGGAUCGAUCCCAAAUACCCAUUCCAAGCCAUCUGUCGCAAAUGCAAAACGCGCGUUUGCGUGACGUGUAAAAGGGAUGCUCACUCCCUAGGUCAAGAUUGUCCGGAUGAUUGGGAAUUAGAGGCCGUCUUGAAAAUGGGAGAGAAGUCGGGAUGGAGAAGAUGUUAUAAAUGCCGAUCACUUGUAGAGCUCACGCAAGGCUGUACGCACAUGACAUGCCGAUGUCGAGCGCAGUUCUGCUACAUCUGCGGCGCAGUCUGGGAUCAGAUGGUGGGUUGUCCUAAUUUCUGCAACGGCGAGGCUGUGAUGGAGGAUCGGCGCCGCGAGGAAGAAGCGCAUGCGGCAAAACUCGCGGACGAAGAGGCGGCUAAGCAGCAAGCUGCUGCGAAGGAAACUACAGAUAUGCUCGAAGCAAUAAGACGUACCAACAGCUGCGAGGAAUUCAAAGCAUUGCAAGAGGAGCAAGUCAAGGAGAUAGAGAGAUUUCAUGUUUUUGAGAGGAGAUCGAAAUGGCUUAUGUGGACCAGACAUGCGCACGCGAAACUUGCUCUUGUAGAGAAGCACUCAACAAGUAUCGAGAAGAUGAAUGAGCGACAUGCUAAAACAGCAGCCAAUCUUGAAGAUCGUCAGGUCGUCGCGGAAAUGGAAUUGCGCUCAACGUUGGAACAGAGUGAGCGAAACGUGCGGAUUCGGCUUAAACAUAUGGAAGCGUAUUGUGACGGCCUUGGCAAGAAUCCAGAUGGGAAUAUGCCUUCCCGGAUCGUGACAGAACGAGACCUGAGAGAACUUGGGCAACAGUAUAACGUUGAGAGAAACAUGAAGCAACUUCACCAGGCCAAAAUUAACGUUAUGCGCGAUAGACAGACCAAAGCCCUUGAAGAGUUACUCGAAAGACAGGAGUCGGAAAUGGGUAAACUCAUCGAGAAAAAUAAGAAAGAGCUGGAAAAUCUCGAAUUUAAUUUUGCGGACGAGGAAGACGCUUUGAUAACGACAAUGAACGAGCGCAGAGCAGCACUUCAGAAACGAUGGGAACUCGAGAUGGAAGUAAUGCGUAAAGAAUUAGAGAAGGACAGAGGGCUGAGUUAUGCUCCAAUGCGUCCUCCCGAAUGGUUGAACGACGAAGACUCGUCAGGAGAUGCGCUCUCCGCCGUAAAUGAAUAACGCCUUGGGCCUUGGCUGAUAUCCCACGAAGUACUUACCAUAUUCAACAG